AUGUUUCUCCUUGAUACCAUUGAUAACCUGCCCCGAUGUCCCAUUUCUGAUGCGCUUAUGCAGGUGUUUCUCUGGACUCUUAAGGAGACAGGUGCUCGGGACGUUCCCUCACUCUAUCAGCUUUGCCAGACUCAGGAAAAAUUGCGUCAGACAUGUGGCGUUCCUUCUAUCCGCUGCCAAUCCGAACUCGGAAAUAUUUUCUAUAUGAACGAUGACUGGUCAAAUCCUCAAACACAGCCGCACAUCCACGUGUAUCCUGAAGUUCCGAAGGAUGGAAUCCGUGAGGUUUGA